AUUGAGAGUUGGCUCACUAGGAAUAGGUAACGUUAGCUAGCAGGCUGGCCUGACCACCGGUGCAAGUAAAAGAAGUACUCAGAGGACACCGGGUGGUGCUGGCAGUCUUCACCUUUGGAGUCUACUGUUUUCAUGAGAUGUGCACCACUCUGCCCUGCCUUUUGUCCCCACAGCUAGCUAGCAGCUGCAGCAAAACAGAUGUGACUGCUAACUAGCCAGCGUCGUUAGCUAGCCGUGGAGCUGCUGUGCAUCAGCACCGGCUUUGAGGAGAGCGAACAUCACCAUCAGUGCACGUCCUUCUUUGUUAGCCAUUUAUGUAGCGAGGCAACCCUGUGUGAAGCUAGCCUUAAGACGCAUCACGAGGAGAGAUGUAUCAACUCCCAGUGAAUAACCUUACAAGAAUCAGGAGAGCUAGAAAACAAGUGAAAAAAGCACUUGGGGACAUUGGCCUGGAGUACUGUAAGGAGGCAGCUGAGGAGUUCAAAGAGUUUUGCCCUAAUGAGCAAUUUGUAAAGGGCAGUCUUUGCCUUGAUAUCUGCGCAUGGGAUCCAUCAUACUCCAAACCACAGGAAUACAGAUCAAAGCCAUUUUGCUGCACAGAGUGCCCAUUUUCUUCCAAGUACUACUCAGGCUACAAGAAUCACUUCCGCAAUGUACACAGGAAAAUCUUUGAGAGUAAAAUUCUGCUCAACUGUCCAUACUGCACAUUCACUGCAAGCAAGAGAACUUUGGAGACGCAUGUUAAAAUAUUCCACUUACCCAGUUCAGCACGUCAUAACUAUGGGAGCUCACAGGCAACUGCGCUGCAAAAGAAGGACAAAACAUUUUUUGAUAGAGCCAGACAGGGAGAUGGUGUGGAGAGAGCAAUGUACUUUUGCAAAAAAUGCACGUUCCGGGACACACUCUACAAUGUUGUGAGAAGGCACAUCUACAGGGAACAUUUUCAACAUAUUGUCUCACCAUAUCUUGGUAUGGUUUCUGAAUCAUCUGUCAAAAAUGGUGCUAAUUCAGUCAAUGGUAACAACAUCCUCUGUAAACGCUGCCAGUUUACCACUCGUAGCUAUGAGGCUCUAGUACAGCAUGUUAUAGAGUACCACGAGCGCAUUGGUGCUCAAGUCACCACCAUGAUUGGCCACGCUAAUAUUGUUGUCUCCAGGUCUCAAACCUUACCAGUCGUGACUCCGAAAGCCCCUCUGAUCGUUAGCAGGAGCCACCCACUUAGAGCGGAGGCAACAGCACAACCAGUGAUUGGCUAUUUAAAGCCAACGGGCCCUGUCAUUAAAAGUCAGUCACCCAUCGUAACCAAUCAGGUACGUGUCACAGUUGCUGGCAACAGCACUGUGGCUGAAAAUAAUGCUACUGGUGUAAACACAGCCCAGACACAGAAGUGGAAGAUAUGUACAGUUUGCAAUGAGCUUUUUCCUGAAAACCUCUACAGUGCUCAUUUUGAGAGUGCACACAAGGCCAAGAAAGUGUGGGCACUGGCCAAGUACAUCAUGAAAAUCCACAACUUCACUAGCAAGUGUUUGCUUUGCAACCGCUAUCUUCCAAGUGACACACUGCUUAACCACAUGCUAAUCCAUGGGCUCACCUGUCCACAGUGCCACUCUGCUUUCCACAAUGUUGAAAAAAUCAUAGAGCAUGUGGCUCAGGCUCACCCUGAUGACUUUGUCGGACCUCCCGGUGCAACACCGCUAACCUUUGAUCUCACCAUUAAACAAGAUAAGUCCAGUAAUGUUCAGCUGGUUGUUCUCACUUUUAACAUGAAGGAAUCUAUCAAUGGUCAAGAUCAGCCUGCACCAGCUCAGAAUAGUGUUCCACCUCUGGUCAAGCUAACAGCUCCAAGAAUGAUUGAGAAAAGUGAACCACUUAGUAGAAAUUUCCCUUCCACGACUCACAAGAGUGAGGUGGGGAAGACUCUGUGUCCGCUGUGUUUCACCAUCCUCAAAGGUCCCAUCUCUGAUGCUUUGUCUAUGCAUCUGAGGGAGCGACACCAAGUGCUCCAAACAAUGCAUCCUGUUGAAAAAAAGAUGACAUACAAGUGUAUUCAUUGCUUAGGAGUGUACACCAGUAACAUGGUGGCCUCCACAAUAACACUGCAUCUUGUGCAGUGCAGGGCUGUUGGUAGGAACCAGGCAAGCCAAGGCUUUAAAUCUGCCUUGACUCUCAACUCCUCGGGGGCUGGCUUCCUCAAGAGGCAGCCACCAGCGCAGGGCACAUACAACCCCAAGAGGAUAAAACUUGGCAAGGAGUCCAAGAUUUCCACCACUACCAUUGGAAAUCAGGUUGAAUCUGAUGGCCUUGCUCUGGAUCCGAGAAGCUAUGAGCACAAGACAUAUGAGGCCAGGAAAGAUUUCCUGACAGCCUACUUUAACCGGCGACCAUACCUUUCUCCUCAGGAAGAGGAAAAGCUGUCUGCGGGUCUGUGGCUGUGGAAAUCCGACAUUUCCAGUCACUUUGCAAGCAAGCAAAGGAUGUGUGAGAGACUGUGUGAGACCAAGAAAGUGUCUGUGCUGCUCGGCUUCGACAUGCAAGCUCUCAAGAAAGUUAAGCAUGAGUUGAUCUUUGAAGAGAGCAAGAUUGUGGGCUCCUCAGUGGGGAGAUCUGGAGGCCUCAAGUCUGGCACUCCAAACACAGACCAAAACAAGCAGUGUGAGACACUAAACUGUACCUUAAAACUCAGUACAUGCACAGAGACCAUUUCAAUUGAUUCAGACAGUGAACCAGAGAUAGAAGAGAGACCUACUGAGAAUGGAAAUGUUGACACGAACCAACUCGAGAAUGUAAAAUUCCAGGAGCCAGCAAACCUGACAGAAGAGACUGAAUCUGUGAAGAGAGACGAUUCCUCUAGAGAGAAGGAGAGCCCUUUGCAAGAUGGGAACGCAACUGCUUGGAUGACUUUCUGUUAGUGUCCCUGCUUAGCGGUGUGCCUUGGUUGAGUAACAGUUCAGUUUUAAAGGGUAUUAACUAGGGUGAAGGUAAAAAAACAGGUCCACAGACAGUUACAAAUAACAAAUAAGUGUUCAAAUGGCAUGGGUCAGUAAAACUCUUAUUUCCACAUGUUGACCUCGUUACCAGUGUUGGAAAGACGGAAAAAAGAUACAUUAUAGUGCAUAAAUAUAUGGCAUAUGUAAGUGACAUUGUAUAUAUUUUAGCCAUUGUUCUUUGUUAGUCUCUUCAUGAAAUCUGUUAUUCACUGGUUAAUGGUCACAAGAUUUAUGAUUAUGCCAACUUCCCUACUUCCAUAGGUUUUUUUUCUCAACUGUGACAAAGAACUGUAUAACGUUGUCAUUUCACAUUUAGAAAGUGUAGGAUAUGCUAAUUGCUUAUGUACACGUUUUAAUAAAAAUGUUUG